AUGGACUUGCUAGCUCCUGGGGACACUCGCAGGAUCAUCGAGGAAGCGCAAACUACUCUGAGUGACCUGUUCACUCCAUUUGGCAAGAACUGGACACCACAAAGAUGCAUGUGCUAUGAGUGGCAGAUUCAGGAUGACAACUCCGAGUGGCAAGCAUUGCCAUAUGAGAUAGCUUCUGCCUUCGUCAGGACUCUUGCCAUCCACAUGCAUCAGCUACAGGUGGCCAAAGAUUCCUACAUUCAAUUGCGUGCAAGUGAUGAGAAUGAGACAGCUGCACAUACAAUCAAGGCAAGGACUGCAUACGAGUCUUUGAAGAACCAUUCACGCUACAUGGUGAUGAAUAGCCGGACAGGACACGUAGCGACACAAGAUUGGGUGUCCCGGAUGGUGACCCGCUCGGCUGACGGCAUUCCAAUCUGGAAAAACAAAUCUGCCAAGAAGUCAGCUCCUUGGACUAUGAUGUUCACCUUCAGGACUAUAGGGAAGGAUCCAGAAGUCUUCUUGAAUUUAGCUUCGGCAGCACCACAGCGUAGGGUCAGGUGCUGGGACCUACGUGGUGGAAAUGAGCGUUGCAAGAUAGCCUCAGUGCUAGUGGGCUAUGAGCACAUGUUAAACGACUUCGAGCAAGAUGAGGAAGCUGGAGCAUCGGAUGCGGAGUCCUCAGUUACUUGUGUUGGAGACGAAGCUGGACUUGAAGGACCGGUUUUUGUCCUUCAAUAUGAUCCUUGGGGACAAGAGCUGGCUUUGGUCGAGAGCAAGAUGCCUGAUCCUGCAGCUGCAAUUGCACCUGGUUCAGAGAAAGGUCCAGAACCCUUGCAGGACCACAUCCAGAUGUUGCAGCAGGCGGCAUUUGCCACAGAUGCUUUUGGGCCUCUUUUGCAUGAAUUGGGGAACGAUGAAGGAGAUGUUGACCGAGACAUUGCUAACAUGGACCGCGAUCAGUUUGUAGCGAUGGUUGUGUCUGAGGAUGACAAGUGCAGCCGCGCUAAGCCGCCAGCAAGUUUCAUGCACCGAGCUGCUUUUGUUGCUCUUUCUGAGAAGGACCUGACACGCCUUCCAGACCUUGCAGGAGCUGGCAUUUUCUAUCACAACAGCACAAAUCAGUGGCAUGCUUCUUGGGCUGGAGGCAACAGAGCUCCUUCUUGGGGCCCAGGCUUGAGAUCUGAGAAGGCGGCUUUGCUGAUUGCUUUGAUGGCACUCUGGCGUCAAUAUCUUCUCGUGAAUUCAGGUGACGAACAGGCCAAAACUCACUUCCAAAAGUUGAAAGAUGAAUUUGAAACACCUGAAGGCUGCUAA